CAGAUAAGCAUUGUUAAAGUGAGAGGCAUGGCUUUGAAGCCCAGGAGGAGUAAAUUCCACCUUCUUCCCGAGGGAGUGUGCCGUGUGAGCCUGGGAAGAGUUGUCCCACCCCAGACCCUCGUGGGGUAUCAGCCCAGGGUGUUGUGAGUGCUUUGUGCCCCUGGGGUUUCUUCUUUUCUAUGUUCCUAUUUGUCCCCGACCUUAAACUCCACCCCAGCUCUGCCGCACAAAACCCACCACUCUGCCUCUGUUCUGCAUUCUGUCUCUUGAGUUUAAGCUGAGUUUGUUCCGGUGUUGAAUAAAUGGUUUCUGGAGAUUAACCAAGCAGAGACUCGUCCCACUGAGUCCCAUGUUGGUCACCAGAAUCCAGAACCUCCCUGGACUUGAUCCUGCAGCUGCAGAAUGCAGCACUGUGGAGUGCUAAAGUCCUGUAAAAAAUAAGGCAAGUACUUAGAGAUAUUCUAGCAAGAGAAGUUUUCUUGGUUUACAUGUUUUAUUCCACUCUGUUUGGGUCAUAUGUGACAUAAUGUGUCUUGUUAGUCCAGAAAUGCUGCAAACAAAUGCAGAGAGCACUUAGACCUCUACUGAGGAAAGACUGAAAAAAAUGCUUUCUAAGUCUGAGAAAGGGAAGUUGGAGAUGAGGGAAGGAAAAAAGGAGAUAAACUUUGUGAUUUUGGGUGAUAGCAGUCAGUUAUUCUCAUAACCUGUGAAGGACUCUGCUACCAAGAAAAGCUGCUGCAGGUUUGAGAAGGAGGAAAUGGGGACAGAACUCUCCUCCAGUAUUUGGGCUGCUCAGGGCAGUUCAGCAGAUCAGUUCAGGAGCUGCUAAACAGGAUCAGCUGUACUGUGACACAAAAGGGGCAAAAAGAACACGUGGGAAUGAUGUUCUGUUUUGGACAUGACCCUUCUGUACUAACAGUGUCUUCCAGGUACAGAACUCUGCCAGUGAACACACCAGUUUUGUACCUGAGGUCACCAGUGUGACAGAGACAUUGGAGCUUAAGUUUGGUGAGAUACUGCUCAUUAUCUGGACCUGCAAGAUGAUAUGCUUUUGGGACCUUAGGGAAUAAGUGAGUAUAGCCUGAUGUGGAGCAGUGGAAUCAACGAGGCCGGUAAGAUGGCCCUGCUCGCCUGGGAGAAGGAGACCGGCAUCGAGCUGGUGCAAAUCAACGGGCAGAGGUACUACGGAGGGCCCCCCCCAGGCUGGGUGGGCGGCCCGCCGCCGGUCGGCACCGAGGUGUACAUUGCCAGGCUGCCGCAGGACGUCUACGAGAACACCCUGAUCCCGCUCUUCGAGAGCGUGGGGAAGCUCUACGAGUUCCGCCUCAUGCUGACCUUCAGCGGGCUCAACCGCGGCUUCGCCUACGCCAGGUACGCGUCCUGGCAGUGCGCCCGCAGCGCCAUCGCCACCUUCCACCGCUUCCAGCUGCGCGAGGGCUGCGCCAUCGUGGUGUGCUGGAGCACGCAGAAGCGUGAGCUCCUCAUGAACGGCCUGGCUGCAUCGGUGAGCCAGCAGGAGCUGGAGGCCAGGCUGCAGGAGGUCACUGAGGGGAUCUGCAGUGUCACCCUGUACGCCAGCCCCCGCCAGAGACAGGCCAAGCUCGCUGUGCUGAAGUACAGGUCGCACAAGACUGCUGCCCAGGCCAAGAAAGUCCUGAUGGAAGGGAAUCUGAGGCUUGGGGAAGCAGGGAUGAAGGUGGACUGGCUGGACCCCCGACUGAAGCAGAAGCUGCAGCUCUGUGAGGAGGAGCCAUCGUCCAGCUGGGUGCAGGGAGGCAAGAGCCUGGAAGUGCCCAGGCUGACAGCCCUGCCUCUGUCGCUGCAGAACGUGCUGGAACACCUGAACAUGGUGUGCUGGAAGCAUCGCCUGAGGACACCCCUGUUCAUCAUCAGGUGUGUCCAGGUGAACCCCAAUGGGUGGCAGCGGUUCUGGUACCAGGUGGUGAUCCCGGAUUACCACGUGUCCAUCAGUGGCUUCACUUGGGUCUUGCCAGACAGGCAGGGCCAGAGUGAGCAUGAGAAGGCCAAGAUGGCAGCAGCCCUGCACACUCUCAAGGUAUUAGGUGAGUCCUUGGUAAGUCCUUGCAUAGACAACUCCUUGUCUUUCCCAAAGUCUUGAAGAGUCUCGUGGGGAUUGGAGCUGCGGCACUUCUGGGGCAGGGAGGGACCCAAGCUGGCAGGCAGGGCUGAAACACUGUCACCUCAGAGCUGUGGGUGGGAUUCCUGUUUGGAAGCACAGGAUGCAAGAGGAAGAGGGUUUGGGGGUAGGGCCUGACGCUUCCCUCUCCACUGCAGGGUGCCAGCUGACCUAGGAAACUGCUCUGCCAGAGCCACGAUUGAGCCUGAGCCCUGCUGGGGUCCUGGCCCUGUUC